AUGUCGUCAAAUGGAUUAGAUAUGAAGGCAAUCCCUCUGCCAACAAUUGAGAAGCCAUUCGGAGUGGAAUUAUGGCCAAUUUUCGACAAGGCCUUUACCGCGGUCAAAGGUUACCAUCCGCAAGACUUCGAUUUCCAACCACUGGUCACACCUAUGUCAACCUUGAAGGAGAGCGGCUUGACCAUUUUGGCAUACUACAUAAUAAUUUUUGGCGGAAGGGAGUUAAUGCGAAACCGACCAGCCUUCAAACUCAAUGGUCCAUUUAUGAUCCACAACUUCUACCUGACUGCCAUCAGUGCUAUUCUUCUAGCACUCUUCGUUGAGCAAUUGGUGCCGACAGUUUACAAUCAUGGUCUUUUCUAUGCAAUCUGCGAUGUCAAAGGUGGUUGGACUUCACACUUGGUUAUUCUCUACUACCUCAAUUACCUCACAAAAUACCUCGAAUUGAUUGAUACUGUUUUCCUCGUGUUGAAGAAGAAGCCAUUGACUUUCCUUCACUGCUAUCACCACGGCGCCACUGCUCUCUUGUGUUACACACAACUCAUUGGGUUGACCUCCGUAUCAUGGGUUCCAAUUACUCUCAACCUCAUGGUUCACGUCGUUAUGUACUGGUACUACUUCCAAAGCGCGCGUGGAAUCCGUAUUUGGUGGAAGGAAUGGAUCACCAGACUCCAAAUUAUCCAGUUUGUCAUUGAUCUUGGCUUCGUCUACUUUGCAUCUUACACUUACUUUGCCUCAACCUACUUCCCCAACUUGCCAAGUGCAGGUAACUGUGCCGGAGAAGAAUUUGCAGCUUUUGCGGGCAUGGGUAUUCUCAGCUCUUACCUCUUACUUUUCAUCUCCUUCUACUUCGCAACCUACAAGAAGGAUGGAAAGCGCCCCACGGGUCGCAAAGCUGCACGAUCCUUGGUCGAUGCCAAAGUUCCGGAUGUCGCCACACUUACCCACGGGAAGAUCAAUGCAGGCCCCGCAAAUGGUCGCGCAACAGGCGUAAGCCCAGCUCGUCCAGCUACCCGCUCCCGCAAGGCAUAA